AUGGAUCGUAAUUCACAGGACACUCACAUCGAAAACUUGCGAGUACAAGUGUCGAAGAAUAGGGAUAACAUUCCCGGCCUGAAAUUGACGAUUGACAAGACGUGGGACGGAAAUACGAUCGGACAUCGACCCACCGAUAUUCAUCUAGGAUGGAAAUUCGAGAAGAUCCCGAAUAGGCCACACAAACGAGUGGUGACUGUCGAGUUUACGACUCCAUUCUACGAUGAUCCGGAACCAGAAAUGAUGCCAGGAGUUACGCCAGGGCUAUGGGACUACGAGGUGUUGGAGCUUUUCUUUGCAAACGACAACAAUCAAUACCUUGAAGUGGAAGUGAGCCCACACGGACACUGGUUGUGUCUGCUUUUCGAUGGAGUUCGGACUUGUUUCAACAACGGCGAAGAGCUGGAGCUCACCGUUCAGAAUCAAUGGGUGGGAGGUGACGUUUGGAAGGGAAACAUCGAAAUCCCAUUGGCAUAUUUUCCAGCAAAUGUGACAAAAAUGAAUGCUUACACAAUACAUGGCAUUGGAGAAGAUCGUGUCUAUGAAGCUAUGCGCCCUGUCACUGAUGGGACACACGAGGAACCCGAUUUCCAUCGACUUGAGUUCUUCCGACGAAUCGAUCGCCAAAAAUUCAUCCCUCCACCAUAUGGAACAUCUCCAUUCAAAGAUUGGAAAUAUGGUGAUCUGUGGGAAGGUCACUAU